AUGAAUGAUAUUAGAAAUGACUGCAACGGAAACUGCUCCUCAGCUCCAGCGUUACUUCCCUCCGAUCGGCCGCCGGACCAACCUGAUCCCUCAAUUUCAUCUGCUCCAUCUAGUUUACCCAACCCGAUGGCUCCUGCCAUCCCCUCCUCUGAUAUGUUAAUUGACUCUUCCCCUUUGCCUGUGUCUUUGUCUCAACAGGGAACCCAGUCCAAGGAAGUGGGAGAGCGAAAGGGACAGUCCGAUGAAGUGGUAUCUGCCACGAAUCCAGGCUCUUAUGCUAGAGCGCUGACGGGACCGGCUUCUAGGGUCCCAUCUUUGAACCAAUUAAUCCAAUGGACUCCGGUGGGGGAACAUGACUUGGUGACAGAGGAACACAAUGGAGAAUCGGCGCUGAGAGUGUCACCUCAAUUUAAGGCCAAGAUCUGUGCACCAUGGCAAAAAACCUUGGUAGUUCGUCUGCUUGGCCUGAGAAUUGGCUUUGUCACCAUGUGCAACCGGCUGAAAGGGCUGUGGCGUCCGUGCGGUGCUAUGGAGGUCAAGGAUCUUGAUCAUGAUUGUUUCUUGGUGAAGCUUGAUAACGAACAAGAUUAUUUUCGUGCUCUGACAGACGGUCCCUGGGUUAUUCAUGACCACUACCUGGUGGUUCAGCAGUGGACACCCAAGUUCAAAGCUUCGGACCCUCUCCCCAAGACGAUGAUCGUCUGGGUACAACUUCCAGCCCUGAAAAUACACUUCUACCACAAAGAAGUGCUGAACACCCUUGGGAAUCUCAUAGGAAGAACAAUCAAACUGGAUUAUCACACCCUGACCCAACAGCGGGCGAAAUUUGCUCGUUUGGCUGUCGAAGUGGAUUUGUCAAGACAUCUUGUUCCCAGGAUUUGGCUAGAUGAUGAAUGGCAGAAGGUGGAGUACGAGAAUCUCCCGGAGAUCUGCUUCAAGUGUGGUAAGAUCGGUCACUCUACAGCAGGCUGCCCGCUGAAUAAUCUGAUGGUUCCAACUGUUCCAGCGGCGGUCACCGGGAAUCCACCGCCGGAGUCUCUGUCGGCGGAGCCGAUCGAUGCCAACCCAGGCUUUGGACCAUGGAUGAUGGUCACGCGGAAGAGUCGGCGCAAUCCUAGGGAGGCUCCACGAAAAGGAAAGUCGGCGAAUGAAACGAGCAAUCAGAUCUCCGAGUCGACAAACAAAUCGGGGAAAGGUGGGGCGAUUAUUAAGGAAUCUCUACAGGCUGUACCGUCCAUGGCGAGCCGCAACGCCCAUCUGCAGCAACGGGUCUCCAACCAGGAAAGGAAAGGGAAGACGGGCGGCGAGGCAAGUAAAAAAGGAAAAGAAAAAGUGGCAGUUGAGAGGGAGGUGCAAGGGAAUGGGCUUCUGGGGCCAGGGCCAGGUCACUCGAAACCAAACAAUAAAGGCCCGACCAUGCCCAAAGACUCCAACGUAGCCUCAUCCUCCAACAAUGUAGCAACUCAUCAGGCCAACUCGGAAAAAGUCUGGGAGUCUCCCUCUGCUUUAGUAACGACGGUGGCCCAAGAUGGUUGCGCGGCCCGAAUCCCUCAACAGCCCAUUUUUCGCACAGAGAUAGGAAAGAAUGGCACGGUGAUGCAGAUUGUGGAACACCAGCAAGCUUCCCAGCAUGACAGCCUGCAAACUCCAACCUCCUCCCCAUCAGUGGCUGCACGUACGAAGCGAAGCAAGAAUAAGAAGCCCCACGCCAAGAAAUCGCCGGCGAGGCUUAAUCAACUAAAGCCAUUACAGAUCUGGUCAUCGAUCAAAGAAAGGAAACCGAAGUCCAAGGCUCGUAUUGCCUCCCUCACCUUACAAGAGAUUACAGCCGGGAUCGAAGCUGCUCGUCGAUCCUCAGGCGGAGCAGAGGAAAAGGAAUCAGAGGGACCAGUAGGCUUUUGCCCAUCGAUCAGCAACCUGGAUGGGGGCGCGACCACUUUUUCUUAA